AUGGAUAAGCUGCUGCAUCCUAUUUUAUUAAGUAACUGUGAACUGAUAGCAAUAAUUAAAGAUAGACAACUAAGCAUAAUUAACUUAGAAUCGCUAACGAGAGAUGAGUUAUUAAACGUAUUUAAAAUGCAUAUAAUGCCCAAACCACAAAGGCAGCGCAAUACACAGUCACAAUCACAUUCACAAGAUUCAACAGACUCGACUAGUCUAAGUUUAGCAAAGGAAGUUAAAAGAAUCAAAUUAAAUCGUGAGCCUUACAGUCAACUGGAAUAUACUAUCAACUCGUCAAUACAACGAAUAGAAGUAAGAGAAAAUCAGAUGAAAAGAUCCAUUGAGGAAACUAUAGCUAAUAAACCCAAACGACAGAAGAUUCAAUGGCCAUAA